CGGUGCGGCGCCUGCGCGGGAGCGCUGCUGAGGCCCGGCCGCUGUGUGGGCAGGCGGGAAGUGUGCGGGCGCAUGCGCGGGGCGGCGGCUGGUGCGCAGGUGAUGUAAACAUUUCAGUUAUACACGAGAGGGGAAGCAGGUAUGUCAGCUCUUUGUCCACCACCAUCUCCUGCAGUUGCUAAAACAGAGAUUUCUUUGAAUGGCGAGUCACCUUUAUUAGCUGCCACUUUUGCUUACUGGGACAAUAUCCUUGGCCCCCGAGUGCGGCAUAUCUGGGCCCCAAAGACAGAACAGGUGCUUCUCAGUGAUGGUGAAAUAACUUUUCUUGCUAACCACACCCUGAAUGGAGAAAUACUUCGGAAUGCAGAAAGCGGUGCAAUAGAUGUGAAGUUCUUCGUCUUGGCAGAAAAAAGGGUAAUCAUUGUGUCAUUGAUCUUUGAUGGAAACUGGAAUGGAGACAGAAGCACAUACGGACUAUCAAUUAUACUUCCCCAAAGUGAACUUGGCUUCUACCUACCACUUCACAGAGUGUGUGUGGAUAGGUUAACGCAUAUUAUAAGGAAAGGAAGAAUAUGGAUGCAUAAGGAGAGGCAAGAACAUUUCCAGAAGAUUGUCUUGGAAGGCACCGAGAGAAUGGAGGAUCAGGGCCAGAGCAUCAUUCCAAUGCUGACAGGAGAAGUCAUUCCUGUAAUGGAACUCCUUUCAUCUAUGAAAUCACACAGUGUUCCAGAACAAAUAGAUAUAAGUGACACAGUGCUAAAUGAUGAUGACAUUGGGGAUAGUUGCCAUGAAGGCUUUCUCCUCAAUGCAAUUAGUUCACACCUGCAGACCUGUGGUUGUUCUGUAGUCGUAGGAAGCAGCGCAGAAAAAGUUAAUAAGAUUGUGCGAACAUUGUGUCUGUUUCUUACACCGUCAGAGCGGAAGUGUUCCAGACUCUGUAGAAAUGAGUCUUCCUUCAAAUAUGAGUCAGGACUUUUUGUUCAAGGCUUACUCAAAGAUGCAACAGGAAGCUUUGUGUUGCCCUUCCGCCAAGUGAUGUAUGCCCCAUAUCCUACUACACACAUAGAUGUAGAUGUCAAUACAGUGAAGCAGAUGCCCCCCUGUCAUGAGCACAUCUAUAACCAGCGACGAUAUAUGAGAUCCGAGCUGACAGCAUUUUGGAGAGCUAAUUCGGAUGAAGAAAUGUCUCAAGAUCAUAUUAUCCACACAGAUGAGAGUUUCACACCUGAUUUGAAUGUCUUUCAAGAUAUCCUGCAUCGAGAUACAUUGGUAAAAGCCUUCUUGGAUCAGAUAUUUCAUCUGAAGCCUGGCUUGUCUUUAAGGAGUACUUUCCUUGCACAAUUUCUGCUUGUCCUUCACAGAAAAGCCUUAACUUUAAUAAAAUACAUAGAGGAUGACACGCAAAAAGGAAAAAAACCUUUUAAGUCUCUUCGUAGCUUAAAGAUAGAUCUUGACUUAACAGCAGAGGGCGAUCUUAACAUAAUAAUGGCUUUGGCUGAGAAGAUUAAACCAGGUCUGCAUUCCUUUAUCUUUGGGAGGCCCUUCUACACUAGCGUCCAAGAACGGGAUAUGCUCAUGACGUUUUAAAAGUUCUCCACUGCUAACACCUAAUACUGCAGUCUUGCAUGGCACGAAAUCUGUCAGUGUGGCCACCACAUUUGUGACAAUCAUUGACUUGAGGGAGCAUUGGGGAGCACAGUACCACUACAGUCUGCCUGAAGAGGAGGGGGGUCUUGCUAGAGGGGAUAUCAGCUUAGCUAGACACGCAUGAUUUUAAUGAAUCCAUCUCUUCUGUGUGCUUUUUUAAACAGUGAAUGUUACCAGAGGUUCCUUUGCAAUAUGGGUUUAGUAGAUAAAUUUGAACAUGUUUUGGCGUAUGAUAAAGGGAAACAUUUUAAUUUUCUUUUCCUAGAGACUUUUUACAGGUAUGUAUCAGGUUUUUCCUGUUGUGCUAUGUCAGCAUUUUUAGUGUUUCCACAUAAAACAAUACAUAUGUCCUCUCUGAUCAUGGACAUUGGGUAAUAGGGGCCUUCCAGGAGUUUCAAAGAGUUCUGAAAAGUGUUUGUUCUUAAAAGUGUUUGUCUGUGCUACAAAUCUGAAAUACGUUUUCCCUCAUCCCUUUUUAACACUACUGGCUCCUUCAUUUAGAGCAUUUAAAGGUGUUUAGGAUUUUUAAUAUACUUCAAAGUGCUAUUAUUGUGUGCAAACUGUUGACUGUUUGCAGCUUAAAUAGCAGCACUCUUCACAUGGGAACUGGGUCAUUAUUUAAGCAUCUUUGUGCAUGUAAGUGCCAAGCAGGGUGCUCUGUCACAGAUUGUUGGGCCAUCCUGCAAUCAAGUGUUCACUGAUGCAGCAUAAUUGAGCUCUUUCAAAACACAAAAGAGAAAACUUGUGUCAUUCAGCAGCAGUUGUUAGUCUUCCUGUCUAUAAACUGCUGCUGUUUUUUCCAUUGUCAGUUAGAAUAAGGUUCAGAUUAAAGUAUUAGAGCUUCCUAAAGAACAUGAAGUUGACAGCCAAACUGAAAGAUAAAACAGUAAUUUAUUUUUUUAUGUCUUCAUUAUUACAUUUAAUAAUUCUUCAUUCAGAGAUGAGCACAGCUAUGAACUAAUGUGAUUAGUGUUUUACUAAGUGAAUUCUAGCCAAUAAUCUUGCCAGUCUUCUCAGUUCACCUUACAUCUCCGACUUCGCUUUGCUGGAAAAUAAAAACAUGUAUUCCGCUUGUAUCCCUCACCCUCUCUUUCUCAGUAGCAUGUAGAGUGGUGUGGUGUCAGGUUAAUCCAGGCCCAUUUUUUUGAGUUUUCACACAUGGUUGGUGUGUGUUGCAUUGAAAUCGGUGGUACAUCUGCACUGCAUGUCGUUGUAUAUCUUCUCUUUUUGGGCAAACACAGGAAUAUAGUUGUGUCAUGGUUUAGUGUAACCUAAAUUCAUUAAUUUUGGAAGAACUGCACUUGUGAUUGCAAAAGUCAUGGCUGCUUUGUUGCUUAAAUUGUUUGUAACAUGCCUUGGCAAACAGGUUUCUGUUUUCAAGAUAGCUUUUAAUUGUCUCUGUUGUGCAGUGAAUUGUGAAAGUUAACAAAAGCUAGAUUCACAACUUUUCCCAAAAUGUUCAAUACUCACAUUUUAAAAGGAAUAAUGUCCUUUAUUGGGAUGUCCAGAAUUCCCUUGCAUUUCCUGAAAUAAAAUGAUUCAUAAUUAAAUAUCUAGGGCUUCAUAAGGAUGUGGAAUUGAGCCCCAGCUGCACACCAUUUUUGUUAAUGACCAUCAACAGCAUUACCUGGCUGAAUAAGUAAUUACAUUUUGGGGAGCCAUUUGUUUGCUGUAUGUGUAUGUAGACUCUCGCAAUAAGCUCAGCACUUCAUCAGAAGAACUUGUCAGAAUUAAUGCUGACAUAAGUUACUUGUGCUGAGAUUCUGUUUGUCUUCCUACCGUUACUAUUUCCUUCUGCAUUUUUAAUCAAUUGAUCCAUUAGAAAAGAGCCUGAUUCUACUUUCAUGUCUAAGAUUGUGAAAAAAAUGUAAUGAACGCUGCUGAAACUUCUCAUGUAGAAGUUGUGUUGAAGUCUAAAGAGCUUUAGAUGUGCUGCUAAAAUUAAUCACUUCAGCUUGUUAGGCAUUGGAUACUUAACACUGACACUACUAAAAGUAAAGCUCUGUUUACUGACGAUGCUGUCACUUUUUGAAAUUACUAAAAGCUGGAAACUGUCUCAGUUGCUACUUUUGUUGCACAACUGUCACAAGUGCACUGUCACAAGUGCAGAAUGUAUAGUGAAGUAAAUUAUUAAAUGCAUCUGCAUGUUGUGUUGUAAAUCUUGCUCAGGAAACAGAUGUAUUAUAAUAAAAUUCAUGCACAAUUUUUCACUUUAA